AUGAUGGGAUUGGUCCAUCCGAACUCGGCCCUGACUUGGACUGAGUUGACUCGGGAAUGUCUCCUCGACAUAUUCUCACGGCUGAACAUGGAAGAAAGAUCAACAGGACCGAUGCUGGUCUGCAAGACGUGGAUGAACGUGUGCCAAGACCCGUCAUUCAACUUGGUCUUCGAUCUCGAUGCUAAAUUUUUGGCUCUCCCCACUUCGAACAGCUGGUUGUGGGGUCCACAAUUCGAGGAUAAUAUUGACUCUCUCCUCCGCUCUGUUGUGGAUUGGAGCGAAGGAGCUCUGACGGAGAUUCGAGUCUGGCACUGCACGGAUCGAUCUAUCUCGUAUGUUGCGGAGAGGUGUCCUAAUCUUGAGGAACUUGAUAUAAGUUGCUCUUAUGAAAUAUCUUGCCUGUGUAUCGAAAUGGUGGCUAAGAAUUGCAAGAAUCUUGAGAUUCUAAAACGGAAUAUGAUGGAUCCUUGCGAGGUCGAGAGAUUAGAGUACACGAGGUUCGUGCCUCAGAACUAUUUGGAUAACAACCCUAUCGACAUUUAUAGGAAUGUUGAUGCUCAUACAAUUGUGAAACACAUGCGACAUCUGAAUCUGAAGCACUUGGAACUUCGAUUCUCCACAUUGACUGAUAAAGCUUUUGACAGACUUUGUAAAGCUUGCUCGAGUCUAGAAUAUCUUGACUUGUUCGGGUGUAAAAACUUAACUAGCGAUGGUGUGUCUAACAGUACCUCGCGCUUGAAGAAUUUGAAGAAGCUCAAGAAACCAAAUUUUACAGCUAUAUAA